AUGGACAGCACAAAUACUCCUCAACCCACCAGGUAUCCAAUCUUGCCCAGACCACCUGAAAAUAUUUGCAGAGAGAUUGUCAAAAGAGCUUUGGAGCAAGAAAGAGAAAACAACUGUUAUGCAAGCAACAAAUCGUCAAGAAAGAAUGGAACUCGUACACGAAGGCAUGCGGGAAUCUACAAGAAAAAUGGGCAUGUCAAGACAGUAAACAACGCUAAUAGAAAGACACAGUCGCAAUCUAAAGUGACCAACAGAUCUAAUGUGCGCAAAGAAGAUAAUACGAAUUUGUUGAAUGAUUCAACCGACCCCCUGCCCACUCCUGACAGAAUAAGAGAAAAGAUAAAGCAGCUGAAAGAAGAAAAGGCACUAUUACAAGAACUUUAUAAUCGGAAAAAGGAACAAUUGAGGCAGGAAAAAUGGGAGAGAAGGAUGAACGAACUAUGA